GAUUUUGGCAUCCAUUGCUGUGACCUAUUAUGUUGAUUUCUUUCAAGCCGUUAAAGAAAACUUUCACACCAAUAGGUAGUAUCACAUUGUUUGCAGUCAUUACCAUCAUCCUGGGAUGCCUUAAAAUUGGGUACUUCGUUGGAUUUUCUGAAUGUUUAUCAGCCACAGAAGGAGUUUUCCCUGUUACCCACGCGGUACAUACUCUGUUGCAGGUGUACUUUCUUUGGGGACACGCAAAGGAUAUCAUCCAAUCUUUCAAAACACUGGAAAGGUUUGGGGUGAUCCACUCAGUGUUCACCAACCUGCUUCUUUGGGCGAACAGCGUCCUGAAUGAAUCGAAGCACCAGCUUAACGAGCACAAGGAGCGGCUCAUCACCCUGGGCUUCGGGAACAUAACAAUAGUUUUAGAUGACCACACGCCUCCGUGUAACUGCACACCCCCAACCCUCUGCUCUGCCAUCUCCCACGGGAUCUACUACCUCUACCCUUUCAACAUAGAGUAUCAGAUACUGGCCUCCACGAUGCUCUACGUCCUGUGGAAAAACAUCGGGCGCAAAGUUGACAGUCAUCAGCAUCAGAAGAUGCAGUUCAGGUCUCACGGGGUCAUGCUGGGCUCGGUACUGGGCCUGACCGCACUGGCUGCCACCAUUGGGGUCGUGGUGGUGUAUCUGAUUUGGAUCGGGCGUUCCAAAACCAGGAGCGAGUCAGCACUCAUCAUGUUCUACCUGUAUGCCAUCAUCUUGCUCAUGCUCAUGGGGGCGGCAGGGCUGGCUGGGAUCCGGAUUUACAGGCUAGAUGAGCAAUCACUAGAUGAGUCCAAAAAUCCGGCCCGCAAACUGGAUGCGGACCUGUUGGUGGGCACUGCCUCCGGCUCCUGGCUCAUCUCCUGGGGCUCCAUCCUGGCCAUCCUCUGUGCCGAGUCCCGCCCCCCGUACACCUGGUACAACCUGCCCUACUCCAUCCUGGUGGUUGUUGAGAAAUACAUCCAGAACCUCUUCAUCAUUGAGUCCAUUCACCGAGAGCCGGAGAAGCUCUCCAAGGACAUCAGAACCCUGCAGGUGGUCACAGUCUGCAAUGGCAAUGCCACAUCCCUCCCUUCUUCUUGCUUUGAGAGCAGACCUGCAGCCGGGGACGUGGCUCCCCAGGGCAGCGAGAUGCCACAUGCGGCCAAUGGAAAUAUGUGUCUGAGAGAAGUUGGUAGCAAAGAGGAAGAGGAGAAGAGCUGGGAAGGGUCCCUGGGCCCAGCCUGCCACCCCCAUUUCCUGCAGGGCAAUGCCCAGAGAAGAGUCUUAAGGAAUAUUGCAGCCUUUUUGUUCCUCUGCAAUAUUUCGCUCUGGAUCCCUCCCGCCUUUGGCUGCCGCCCCGAGUACGACAAUGGAUUGGAGGAAAUUGUCUUUGGCUUUGAACCCUGGAUAAUAGUGGUCAACCUGGCCAUGCCUUUUUCUAUUUUCUACCGAAUGCACGCAGCUGCCUCCCUCUUUGAGGUCUAUUGUAAGAUAUAAUCUGUGUCCACAUCAAAGACUGAGGAGAGAGCUAACAAGAGAAUUCAGUGGAGCCACCUGGGAAUGUCGAGGUCGGGCAAAUACUGCCUUACAAAUGUGAGAAGGGCUGCCUUUUGUCUGCGAUAAUUGUUUUUCCCAUGAGCUGGAAUUGCCCAUCACCCUGGAUGAGUGUAAACAAGUUAGAUCAAAAUCUGAGAUGGCUGAAGUCUGCCCUUGGUUAGUUAAUUCUAAUCGAACCUAAAUUAUUUGAUCUCCUUCGAAAUGAGAUCCUCUGUUUUAGAAUAAUGUGAUUUCAGGUUGGAAAAAAAUAUAUCCAGUUUGUUUUUCAUUAAAAUAUUUUCUGUUAUCAUGUUACUAUAUACAACCUUUUCCUGACCAUCUGCAUAGUCUAAUCACCUUUAAAUUUUAUCUUUCCCAGAGCUGAUGAAUGUAGCUAAAAUCACAUUUAGUUUAUAUUGUACUUUCUGAAUACGUUUCAUUUUUUUGAACAAAGUUAUUUUUAUUGCCUGGACGGAAAUUUGUGUAUAGAUCAAUAUAAAGACAUAUUUCUCACCUGAAAUUUUGGCAUAUUUUCAUUUGUAAAGUUUUUUUUUAAAUACAUUUUUAGUAUCUUUCACUAUAAAUAUAUAUAUGCUUAUCUUAGAAAAUUAGGACAUUUCAGAAGAGUAGAGAGAGAAAAAUCCCCUAAGAUGCCAUUGUUCAAUUGACAAUCAUCUUUUUCUUCCAGUUUAAUUGAGAUGUAAUUGACAUAUAGCACUGUAUAAGUUUGAGGUGUACAUUAAUGAUUUGGCUUACAUCAUGAAGUGAUUAUCACAAUAAGCUUUGUGAACACUGGCCAUCUUAUAUAGAUACAAAAUUAAAGAUAAGGAUCUUGACAGUCAUUUUUUAGAUACAAAAUUAAAGAUAAGGAUCUUGACAGUCAUUUUUUAAACAUCUUGAUGUGUUUCUUUUAACAGUGUUGGACGCACAGGAUUCUUUUCAUUGUUGUUUUGUUAUACUUGCCAGUGAUGAUGCAACAUAUUCAAUUUUGUAUGCAUUUUACCCUCAACAAUAUGGUACAAACCUUCCCACCCACACUGUUAUAAACUCUUUGUAAAUAUCAUUUUCAUACUAUAUUAUAUUCUAUUGAGUACCGUAAUUAACUUUGUUUCCUAUUGUUGGUUUUAGAGUGUUUAUAACUUUUUGUUUUUAUCAGUGACUCUGCAAAAAUCCACCAUAUAUGUAAAACAUUUUUUAUAUUUAGAAUUGCUUCUUAAGAUAUAUCCUUAAAAUCAGGAUGCCAUAUCCAAAGGUUAUAAAUAGUUUAAAGACUCUGAAGGAAUAUUGACA